UUUCGGCAAUACGCACAGAAUGCGCAAGAUAGCAGCAGAAGGAAACGCACUUAAUACUGAAGUCGAAUUCAUUGAGGUGGUGAAGAACUUCGAGGCCACAAGGAAGAAAUGGCUCCACGUUGAGCUGGAGCUGAAGAAGAACAAGGAGCUUUUGGUGAAGUCAGACGUGGCUCAGGCUGCUCUGGAGGUCAAGCUUAAGCACGCUCGUAACCAGGUGGACGUGGAGAUCAAGAAGCGCCUCAAGGCAGAGGCAGACUUCCAGUACCUGCAGAGGCAAAUGCAGCUGAUGUGUGAUAUUCUGGUCCAUGACAGCAAGUCCAGCGCAUGCCUGAAUGAUGAGCAGAGAUCAAUGCUGGCCAACUUCAAUCCCAGGGCAGCCAAUGUCACAAUGCACAAGAGUAAACGAUUAUCUGUCAUUGAUGAGUCCUCGUUCCUGUCACACUCUGAUAUUAGCUAUGACAGAACAGAUGAUGACAUGGACCUGGACACAACUGUGGUCAAACCACUGAAGUCUAGGGCCAGGGAAAAAAGGCGUUCCUCAAUGGGACCCAUUGCCCUCGCUCCUGGAGGAAAGCGAGUACGAGUGGGAGGCCAGUCAGGAGAUCUUCUGGGAGGAAGACCCAUAGAGAAGGAAAUGGAGACUACAAUUGUAAAGGCGUCUGUCACCACACCGGAGAGCGGCGGUCAGAUUCACAUGGUGAUAGACAUCACCCAGGAGACCCCAGAAAAGCCUCCAAGGACAUUCCAACAGGAACACAUCUUGCCCUCCAUCUGUGACCAAACGUCUGUAUGGGUUCCUAAUGAUGAAACCAUGACAGAGACUGACACUGUUAUGGAGCUAGAGGAGCAGGGGGAGACCCCCACUACCAUGGAGCCCAGCCUCACCCCGGUGUUCACUCCCACAGUUGAAAAACCCCUCAGGCACAUCUUCCUCUCAAAAACAGUGAUCAGACCAGAGACCUGUGUGCCAUGCGGGAAGAGGAUCCGGUUUGGGAAGAUGGCAUUGAAGUGCAAGGACUGUCGGGUAGUCACCCACCCAGAGUGCAAAUUUAAGUGUCAUGAUUGCUGCUCUCCUUCCAGAUUUAUAGGUCCUCCUGAAGUGAAGGAUGCAUUGGAAAGUUUUGCCCCAGCUACCCAACCCAGAAUACCCCUCUUAAUAAUUCAGUGUGUGAAUGAAAUUGAGAAGAGAGGAUUGGAGGAGAGAGGUGUGUACCGAGUUCCUGGAGGGGAGCGCUUGGUGAGGGAGCUGAGGGAGAAGUACAUUCAUGGAAAAGAACCCCUAAUGCUUGCAAAAGUGGACGAGAUCCACGUUGUUUGUGGACUACUCAAGGACUUUCUGAGGAAGCUCAAGGAGCCUCUCAUCACCUUCAGGCUCCAUAAAUCUUUCAUGGAUGCAGCAGAGAUCCCUGAUGAGGACAACAGUGCAGCUACCAUGUGCCAGACCAUAGGGGACCUACCAAAGUCCAACAAAGAGACACUGGCUUUCCUCAUGCUGCAUCUGCAGAAAGUCAUGCAAAGUCCACUUUGCCAGAUGGACCAGAACAAUUUGGCCCGGGUGUUUGGACCUACUAUAGUAGGGCAUGGAACCUCCGAACCAUCUCCAUUGACCAUCAUGAGAGACACAAACAUCCAACCCAAGGUGAUCACCUGCAUGCUGUCCUUGCCUGCCGAGUACUGGAAGAGCCUGCUCAUGAACGAGAGAGACCAUGUCAUAUCCUCUGUCAUUGAUGCCAACAUCAAUACUGACUGCCACAGCACAGACCGAGAUCGUCUGUUUAAACCGUUGACCUCCCCUGAGAUGAGUAAAUACCAGAAGACCCCUACCAGUGGCUCUUUAAAGGGCAAGAUCAAAACCCUGGGCCAUGCCUUCAACAACACAAACAAGGCAAAGACUGACUCAGGCAAAAAGAAAUUCUUCACGUCACCAUGUUGAUGGCAUUGUUGUGUUCCUCAUAUAUUUUGGUUGUUGUUCAAGUGAUUGCCUAGUAUAGCGAUCGUUUCAUAUUGAUGUAAAUAUUGUUAAUUUCUUGUAUUUGUGCAUUUCUUGUUGUGCAAAAUGUUUGUAGGUCUACAUAUGUGUAAGUAUGCUGUUCAAUAGGAAAUAUAAUUGAGUCUAGGGACAGGGAAGUGAAUGUCAGCGAUGCACUCAGUAGAACCCACUGUUCCUGAUGUGUCUCCCUUUUCUCUCUGAAGUACAGUGUGAUGAAGGGUUGGUGACGGGGUGGAAUU